CAACUGCUGGAUGAUUACCCAAAAUGUUUUAUUGUGGGAGCAGACAAUGUGGGAUCCAAGCAGAUGCAGCAAAUCCGUAUGUCCCUGCGUGGGAAAGCUGUUGUGCUGAUGGGGAAGAAUACUAUGAUGCGCAAAGCUAUUCGUGGUCAUCUGGAGAAUAACCCUGCCUUAGAAAAGCUGCUGCCUCACAUCCGUGGGAACGUGGGCUUUGUCUUCACCAAGGAGGAUCUGACUGAGAUCCGGGACAUGCUGCUGGCUAACAAGGUGCCAGCUGCUGCCCGCGCUGGUGCUAUUGCACCUUGCGAUGUAACUGUGCCGGCCCAGAACACGGGUCUUGGACCUGAGAAGACCUCCUUUUUCCAGGCCUUGGGCAUCACCACGAAGAUUUCCAGAGGGACCAUUGAAAUUCUGAGCGAUGUGCAGCUCAUCAAGACCGGAGACAAAGUUCUGCUGAACAUGCUGAACAUCUCCCCCUUCUCUUUCGGGUUGGUGAUCCAGCAAGUCUUUGACAAUGGCAGCAUUUACAAUCCUGAAGUGCUGGACAUCACUGAGGAGACCUUGCACAAGCGCUUCCUGGAGGGUGUUCGUAAUGUUGCCAGCGUCUGUCUGCAAAUUGGGUACCCGACCAUUGCUUCCGUGCCCCACUCCAUCAUCAAUGGGUACAAGCGGGUCCUAGCUGUGGCGGUGGAGACGGACUACACCUUCCCACUGGCUGAAAAGGUGAAGGCCUUCCUGGCAGACCCCUCUGCUUUUGUGGCGGCCAUGCCUGUGGUAGCUGAAGCUGCUGCCGCUGCCGCUGCUGCUCCGGCGAAAGAGGCAGUGAAGGAGGAAUCGGAGGAGUCUGAUGAGGACAUGGGAUUCGGUCUCUUUGACUAACAGCAGCCACCGUCUGUCUGUUUGUGUCAGAGUUGCUCCACCGGGAGAAAUAAAAAGCUAUUUUACACCUUCA